GUCAAGCAAAAUAGCCAUAUGCAAUAUAACAAGGAAGAUCAUGCUGGAUGAUAGGUCCUGUAUUGCACCUGUUGCAGAGCUCUGGUUUAGGAUGUGUGUUUAGGUGCGUUGACCGCAAGGUUCCACUCAUGCCUUUUUUUCUUGAUAUAUAAUCUUCAUUAGUUACAAUAGAUGAUGAAGCAUUAGAUUUUACACUUUAAAAAAAAUUUCCCAUUUUCUCCUGUUUGGAACCGAUUAAUCUUUAUUAUUCUUACUUUGUUUGAUGACAAAGGACUCUAGAUCUCUUUAUCUACCCCUUUCUCUA